UAAGACAAAAUGACAUUCCCGUGUCACAUGAUAUUCUUCUAUAUAGUUGUAUGAGAUGUUACGAUACAACAGUCGCUUGAUGUGGCAUUUAACAGAAUUAUAACGCUAUAGGAAAGGCCUACUCGUUUUAAAAUGUAGGUUUAACACGCAUUUGUAUUUUAUUUUUUUACAAUUAUUAACUUAACCACUGCUUUGCUAUGUAGGUAGGUAAAGUUGAUUCUUUUUGAUGAGGACUCGCCACUGAUACACUUGCUUCGGUUUUUGAAACGGUUGGAAUACGCUCAUUUGUACGCUCGAAGAUAUUCCACGAACCGGGCAGACUUGAAGAGUUAAACUCUGGUGUCUGAUCGCUCAAAUUUAUCCGGGACACUUUUUUAAUGAAGUUUUGAAAUCUAGUCCGGGAGCAGGUUUCGCCAUGACAGAGCGGACUCCUCUCCUCCACUACCGCCUCUCUACCAGCGUCAAUGAAUCCGAGCUGCGGUCACAGGCGGGCAGGCAGGCCCCGGUUCAUAACCCGGGCAGCCAAGGGCGGGGGGCUGCCCAGCAGAAGCAACAGAAGAAACUCUCCACCUUCUUCGGUGUAGUCAUCCCUACCUUGCUAUCGAUGUUCAGCGUGGUAGUCUUUCUCAGAAUAGGACUUGCAGUGGGACAGGCUGGGCUCUACCAGGCUAUUGCCAUGUAUGUUGUGGCCUACAUCAUCAUCUGUAUGACCGUGCUGUCUGUCUGCGCCAUCUCCACCAAUGGAGCCCUUGAUGCCGGGGGAGCUUAUUACAUGAUCAGCCGAGCACUGGGACCAGAGUUUGGUGGCAGCAUCGGCAUCAUGUUCUUCCUGGCUAAUGUGUGCGGCAGUGCUCUGAUGGUGCUCGGUCUGGUUGAAGCCAUCUUGUCCACAUUUGGAGUCCCUGAAGCUGGGAAUGUAGCCACUUCUCACUACCAGGUUCUUCCAUCUGGCUACUGGUGGUCUCUGCUUUAUGGCACUGGGAUUGCCCUACUGUGCCUGCUGGUGUGCCUGGUGGGAGCCCACAUUUAUGCCAAAACCACCUUCCUCAUCUUUGUGAUUGUUAUUGUUGUCCUGAUCACUGUCUUCAUCAGCUUCUUCGCCGUGCACCCUCAGUCUAUCACGCUUCCUGACCUGAAGCCCAAUGCGACGGGCCCCACCACAGCCAAUUUUACAGGCUUCAAGUUGGAGACACUGCUUGGGAACGUAUGGGCUGAUUACACUGUAGAUUACACAACGCAAACCACGAUGACCUUCGCCACCGUGUUCGCCGUCAUGUUCAACGGCUGCACGGGGAUCAUGGCCGGCUCCAACAUGUCAGGUGACCUGAAGAAUCCCAGCUACUCCAUUCCCCGGGGCACCAUCACAGCCGUAAUCUUCACCUUCAUCGUCUACAUCAUGCUCAGCGUGCUGGUCGCCUGCACCUGCGAUCGCCUUCUCCUUCAGAGGGAUUACAGUUUCCUGAGAGACAUCAAUGUUUGGCACCCCUUCGUCCUCAUCGGAGUUUAUUCCUCCACGCUGUCUGCUGCCAUGAGCAACCUCAUCGGGGCCUCACGCGUCCUCUACGCCAUGGCAAAGGAUGACUUGUUUGGUAAGGCGCUGUGGCUGGCUAAGAAGACAUCUCGCAGUGGCAACCCCUGGGUCUCAGUGCUGAUCUCCUGGUUCCUAGUGCAGCUGGUCUUGUUUUCAGGGAAGCUCAACACCAUCGCCAGCAUUGUGACCAUUUUCUUCCUGCUGGUGUACGCUGCUGUGGACUUGGCUUGCCUCGCCCUAGAAUGGGCCUCGGCACCUAAUUUCAGGCCCACCUUUCGUUAUUUCACCUGGCACACCUGCAUAUUGGGCAUCAUCGGUUGCGCCAUCAUGAUGUUCCUCAUCAAUGCCAUCUACGCCUCGGCCAGCAUCGCCUUCAUGCUCCUGCUGCUUCUGCUGAUUCACUACCUCAGUCCCACCUCCAGCUGGGGCUACAUCAGCCAGGCUCUCAUUUUCCACCAGGUGCGUAAGUAUUUGCUAAUGCUGGACGUGAGGAAGGACCACGUCAAAUUCUGGAGACCUCAGAUCCUGCUCAUGGUUUCCAACCCUCGCAGUAGCGUGGGCCUCAUCACCUUCAUCAACGACAUCAAGAAGAGCGGCCUGUACGUGCUGGGACACGUCCAGCUCGGAGACCUCAACACUUUGCCGUCUGACCCUCUGCAGGCCCAAUAUGAGUCCUGGUUGUCCCUGGUGGACCAUCUAAAUAUCAAAGCCUUUGUCAACCUGACCUUAGCUGAUUCUGUACGUCAUGGUGUCCAACAUCUCCUCUUCAUUUCAGGACUUGGUGGGAUGCGUCCUAACACCCUUGUCCUGGGUUUCUAUGAUGACUGUCUUCCAAAAGACAAACUGAUUGAUCCGUCAAUGUCGAGCACUCAGUCCACGGAUCCCUCAGGUCCUUCUCAGGAGCCUGAGCAACCUCCUCUCUUCCACUUUGUGUCCCUGCGGGGCUCUAGUAACAGACUGGACUAUGGUGAAUUUGGAGACGGAAAGGUUCUAGGGUCCCAGGAGUAUGUAGCUAUCAUUGCUGAUGCCAUGAAGAUGCUCAAGAACGUGGUACUAGCUCGAUACUUCAACAACUUUGACAGAGCCCAGGUUCUCUCACCUCCCUCCUGCACUCCCGGGAAGAGAGCUGUGUAUGUGGAUGUCUGGCCAGUCAACCUCCUACGCCCAGACAGCUGUAGCUAUGUGGAUACCUGCUCUCUAUUCCUGCUGCAGCUGGCAUGUAUCCUUAACAUGGUGCGGGACUGGCGCAAAGCUACACUGCGUCUCUUCCUGUGUGUUGAGAAGGGCCGAAGUGUGAGGGGCCCGGAGGAGAAGCUCAGCCAGCUGCUUAAGGAGUUGAGAAUUAAGGCUCAGAUCCACCCUGUGCCUUGGGAUCAGCAGGUGGCACUACACUGGCAGCGUCAAGGCAACUGGGGGAAGAAACAGCUGGAUGCUACUACGGAAGAGAAGAAGCUGCAACCUGAGGAGGAGGAGGAUGAGGAGAACGAAGAAGAUUACGUCAACAGCUUCCCAAGCAACGCCACACGUGUGUCAGAUGACUACCUUUCAGCUGUCAACAAGCUGAUCCUGGAUCAGUCCCGGCCCCAACCCGCUGUGCGUUUCUUGUACUUGCCACGCCCCCCAGCUGACACCCGCCGCUAUACUGCUUACCUGCGCCAGCUGGAGCUGCUGACUCAGGACCUUGGCCCUACGCUGCUCAUCCACGGCGUAACACCAGUCAUCACCACCGACCUUUGAAACGGCACGCUCGAUGAAGUGUGCUUCACACACAGAGUUUUCUUGAAUUCACUGAAGGUGUGUGGACCUCGGAGCUGCCUUUGUCUGACCUGUCCACCCAACAGUAGUUCAACAAAACACCUCGUCACUCACAGAGACCGUCUGCACUCCCUUGCACAUUUUACACUGACACAGAACAAAGUCGUCAGUUUCAACUUGACUGUCUACAUAUUUACCAUUUCUUUAUUUUAUAUGUGCACUCCAGUAAAAAUUCUAGUAUUCCAAUCAAGCCCCUGAAGGCACCAUCAUAUCCCAUUUAUGGACCUCAUUUCAAUAUAAGAUGAGUACAAUCAGAUGAUGAUUGGAUUUACCAAAAUAAUGUUUUCAGGGGAAAAGCAGGAGGUGAAUGUUGAAAAAGUAGAGCCAGUCAAUCAAAA